AUGGCUGGUCUUAGAAUUGCCCUUGGAGGUGACGACGCCGGUUUCAACUACAAGGCUGUCAUAGCCGCAGACCUGGCCAAGGAUCCCCGCGUCGCCUCCGUUGUCGACGUUGGUCCCUCCUCGGAGUCGGACAAGACAGCCUACGCACACUUCGCCCUUACUGCGGCGGAGAAGGUCGCAAGCGGCGAGGUCGACCGCGCCGUCCUUAUCUGCGGCACCGGUCUCGGUGUUGCCAUCUCCGCGAACAAGGUCCCUGGAGUCCGGGCCGUUACGGCGCACGACAGCUUCUCCGUCGAGAGGGCCGUCAAGAGCAACAACGCCCAGGUUCUUUGUCUCGGUCAGCGUGUGAUUGGUAUUGAACUUGCAAGGAGGUUGGUCGCCGAGUGGUUGGGUUACCAGUUUGACCCUAACUCGGCUUCAGCAGCCAAGGUCAAGGUUAUUGAUGACUACGACGCGAGGCAGUCGAGUGGAUUGAAGGCUUCUAACGGGAUUGCGCAGCAGGCAUAG